GGGCCAGCACCGAGGGACGGGGCCAGCACGGAGGGACGGGGCCAGCACGGAGGGACGGGGCCAGCACGGAGGGACGGGGUCAGCACCGAGGGACGGGGUCAGCACCGAGGGACGGGGCCAGCACGGAGGGACGGGGCCAGCACGGAGGGACGGGGCCAGCACGGAGGGACGGGGUCAGCACGGAGGGACGGGGUCAGCACCGAGGGACAGGGCCAGCACCGAGGGAGCUGCUCCCACAGCAGCCUGGUGCUGCCCUGUGUGGGUAUCCCCUGCCCCGCCAUGCCCACCAUGGCCCAGCCACCCUGUGACCGUGCCCAGCCAUCCCCACCCUGCCCUGCCCAGCCCCGCCUGGGAUGCGGACCCCGUUCCCAGCUGGAACGGCUCCUGCCAGAGCUGUGGCAGUGCGAGUUCGACCCGUGGGCAUUUCAGAAUAUGAACAAGAGCAGUUUGCUGCCUGACAGGGACAGUCUGAUGCUAUCAGUGCCCCAGAGGGACAGACAGCAAUUCUGAUAUAUCAUCACAAACUACUGCCUUCCCCAGCCAAAAAAGCUGAGACGGUGACUUACAGAGGGCUUUGCUGCUCUCCCAAAUCCUGGGCUUCGUGGAAGAAGGGCUCCUGCUGCUGCCUUGUCCUCCUUUUGUUCUACACUAGUGCCUGGUGGAAACAGCAGGAAUUAGAUGCAUGAAAAGGAAGGACUCCAUAGGAAAAACAACUGAGCAAUUCCCAGCCAAAUAUAAAAUAAACUUUUUAAGUUCAGUUACUUGUCUGCCAUGAUUUGCUGUCCCAUUUCCUUCCCUUCUUAAGAUCCAAGAAGGUAAAAUAAUGCAAAUUUUGCUUCCUCCUUACAGAGAAGCAAAACAAAUAGGGCAGAGGAAGGUGAGUAAGAACCAUCCUAGGAUGGGAAUGAUUGAAUAGUGGUUGUAGACUCUGCUGGGAAGGUUUUUCUUUUAAUCCCAGUGAAAUUUGGGCUAAGGGGUAAUCAUCUGACAUCACAGCAUUAUCUUAAUCUAAGUCACUUGCCCUCCACGCUGGCACUUGUGCCUUCAUAUUAAGCAAUCAAAGAAAUAGAGCCUGUGACAUCCAGACCUGUAUUUACAAUUUAGCUAAAACACAGUUCAUGAUACACUUACUACUUUAUAAAGUAUUUACUUGAAUUAAAAGAGUGUGUUCCAAAACCUGCACACAGCGAGACAAGCUGAAAUUCUCUGUGUCACUGCAAUCUCAGAUGUCCUGGCAGAUGUGAGGCCCAUGGGACAGAUGUGGGGAGCAGCCAGAGCCACGGCGUGGUUUGGGCUGGAAAAGCCCUUCAAGCUCGUGCAGUUCCCCCACCUUCACCAGCCCAGGCUGCCCCAAGCCCCGUCCAACGAGAGCCACCAGAUCCCACAGGUGAGACACCAGCACUGGGACCAGCACGAGAGUGUGAGCAGAGGGGAGAGCACAGACACCACCUCUGCUCACACUCUUAUCUCACACCCUUCUCUGCUGCUGCCUCCUCACUGCACAAUGGAAAAACUGGAGCUCCCUCUCAGUGCCAGAGAGCCCCUCCAGCCCGUGGGAGUGCUGGCACUUUGGGAUGGUGAGUGACACUGCUGGGGGCAGAGAUGGCUCAUCCAGGGAAACCACGGUCUGCACAUGGAGCUCCUCAGCUCCAGACAAGCCCUGAGCAGCCUCUUCUUUUAUCUACCUGGAGAUGAUUAUCUCUGACACCUUUGGAUUCCUGGGGGAAGAGUUCUGUGAGUUAUCACACAUUUCACAUUCCCAAACCCAGCUGGAGAGUGUUACACCUGCUUUUUGAGCACUCUGUGCCUGGAAAUAAAGGUUAAGCAACUUCCUUAUGGUUCUUUCAUGUACCAAGAGUGAGAAACAAAUCAAAAGCACAAUUCUCUGCUCCAAAUCAGCUUGGCAAGAUAACCCUCACCCCUGGCUGGCUAACUCAGAGCUACAGAAGUUAGGUUUUUGAUCUUGACCAUAAUAAUUUGGGGCACCCCCCCACCUUUUGCUUAAAAAUAGACCACGGAGUUCUGGUAACAUCUUAGGUGGGCUUUAAAAAAAGGAACAGUUGGCACAAGGGGUCAGCACAGCUGACCAGACAAAGUACAGGUGGAAGGGGAGUAAAUCAUUAGCUCGAGACAAGGCCUUGAACCAGAUCACUGCAGCAGAUGUAGACUUAGCAAUUCUCUCUUGUUCCCAAGCGAACUUUGUUCCUGUAAUAACUGGCAGCUGAUACAAUGAUAAGAGAAUGAAGUCUAUAAAAAUGUAGCUGAAAGCCUGGGAAGUCCUGACUGGAGCUCUCUGUGCCUCCUCUGCCCACGCUGCUCCAAGGGACAGCGCCCGCCGGGAAGAUGCACUGGUGGAAGGUGAUGGCAGCCCUUCUGCUCUGCUCGCUGCUGCUCAGCCAGAGCCACGGCGUGUCCCUGUCCCCGCGGCCGCCCCGCAGCCCCCGGCAGCGCCGCAUGACGCCCUUCUGGAGAGGGGUGUCCCUGAGACCCAUCGGAGCCUCCUGCAGGGACAACAGCGAGUGCCUCACGCUGCUCUGCAGGAAAAAUCGCUGCCUCCUCUCCACGGCCUCGGCGUGAGCUGGCACCAAGCACAGCCUGCACUGUUACUGCUGACCAUGCUCCACACACUUGGGAUGUAUUUAUUGACUGCUCAGGAGCUGCAAGGGCCUCGGGCAAUCAGGGUAUUUAAUAUUUCUGUCACAUGUGCUGAUAAAAGGACUUCAAAGAGCUCGAGAGCAUCUCCUCCCACAGCCAUGCCUCAGGAGGCCUCUGGCCAAGCUCAAUAAAAGGGCUCUGCAUCUCCUCCUCAUUUGGUUGUUUUGUAAUGUUUUCUAUUAUUUAUUUGAAGGUGUGAAUUAAAAUAUAUAUUCAGCAAAGCAGCUUGGUUUUCCUUGUAUCUCGAGCAAAGAGCUGGGGCUCAGCUCCAGCCAGACUUUGGACAUUUCUCCUUCCCCUGGCAAGAGCACGAAGUGGAUCAGGGCCCAUCUCCUCCCAGUCUAGCUCUUAUCAGCCCUCAGAUAAAGGCCUGUUGGAGAGAGGCAGCCAAACUGAUAACACUGAUAGCAAUUCCAAUAUCCCAAAUAUAUCCAGUGAUAAGUGGAAUGGCAACUAUUUGCUUUUAAUUACUUCUAAUCAAAUUUACUUAAAUACGUGUCCUAGACUGACUUUUGCCACUGUCUCUGUCUCAAAAUCCUCUUUUGAUGGGUUGGAUGUCGACUUGGAGGCUGAAAGACAAAAAAAGAAAAAUCAGCAAGUCUGGACACACACACUGCAUGCUACUUUUCUUUUGUUUCAGUAGGAUAGAGGAAAGAAAAUUCUGCCUAAAAAUGCACUCCCAGGGAGGAGAAGGGCCCACAAAACAAAUACAAGCACAGGGGGUUGGAAGUUUAAUACAGAAAAUCUAUUUGAUAUUUAUUAAACUUAGUUUCUCCAGUUACAGUUUUGCAUUGUACAAAGCAUUUUAAUGACACAGUAGUUAAAAAGAUCUUUACAAAUUGAAAUGUGAUACCCUUUUCUCCAAAUAUUUUAAUUGCCAUAAAUUUGUUUAAAAAUACACAUUAAACGCAUGUUUCAGACACUAAACUUUCUAUAAUCUCAAUACCACAAAAUACAUAGAAUAUACUAUACAGAUGUGGAAAAAUCUAGUUAGUAUAUAAUACUUUGCUCACCAUUAACAGCUUUAUUACGUGAAAUGCACAUACUGACUUAGAAAUCCUAAUUUUGAGCCCCAAAGUACCCUUUGAAAUUUCAAAUGUAUUGCAACAAAUAAAAUCACAGUUUGUUUCUUUUUUCUCCGGUUUUGGUUGAAGACAGAUGUCCAAAUCUUUUGAUAGAAAACAAAAUGUAACACAUGGACUUGUCAUGUACAAAGCAUAAAACAGAGACAUCCCAUUAGUUACUAAUAGUACCUUUCUGUAGGAUUAAUCAGGGCUUCAUUUAUAAGUGACAGGUUAAAAGUUACCUCCCCUCCCCAGCCCUCCCCCAAAAGAAAAACCCCUUCUUCACCAAAUAAUAAUUUCAAAUAAGAUAAAGGAUUUUUAAUAAAUAUAUAAGCACUUUAUCCUCCAUAUACAAAAUUUUUUUAAAACAAUUUAAAAGGGGGACCAGAUACAAAUGUCAGGAACUGUGCUUGGAAAGUCAUGCCUGGUCCUCGGAGUAGAGUUUGGGAUGUGGAAUGCCAGGGCAGCACCAGGAGCCGUGUCCCGGGACAGGGACAGGAGGCAGGAACGGGCACACUGCCACGGGAAU